GGGCCAGGAGGGGUAUAAGAGAGGAGGCUGGAGAAGGCAGCAGCACACGGAGAACGCAGGCAGAUCCCAGACAGACGCUGCUCCACACAGGAGGGGACAUCCAACCAGACACCACGCUCAGCCGCGGAGUUGACAUUAUACAGUUAUGAUGUUGUCUACUUGGUGGUUGCUGCUUCUAGGAGCAGUGUUAUCCCAUUUGGUGGUGGCUCAAGAACAACCUCUGCCAGAUGAUGAAGAGGAUAUAUCUGAAGACAGCAUGGACCUCAGCAGUGUACUGAAGAGAGCCCAAGGGGCACUAAUUCGCAGUCUUCUCGCUCGAACUGAAGAGGAGCAGAGUGACAGAGACACAGAUUCUCCAGGACUGGAAUGGAUCUCCAAGAGGCAACAUCCUGGUAAAAGGCUUCUUGAAGAAGUAGAGAAGAGACAACACCCAGGCAAAAGAGAGGAAGGUGAUUGGUAUCUGGAGUUGCCCAAGAGGCAGCACCCAGGCCGGAGAUCUACAAUAGGUGAUCCAUUCCUAGAUAACUCUAAUCCUUCUUUGGGUCUCAUAAGUGAUGUUUUAAAGAGGCAACAUCCAGGCAAGAGGUACCUGCCCUUUGCCAAACGCCAACAUCCCGGUAAAAGAAGCUGGGAUGAUGAUGAAAAUGCUGACAUGGGUGACCUUCAAGAUGUAGAGAAACGGCAACAUCCAGGUAAGAGGUAUAUAGAGUCGGAGAACUUUGACUAUGUACCCCCUUGUGAGGGGCCAGACCCUUUCAACUGCAACAAGGGAAGUCUGCUGGAGCUUCUAGAUAAUGUGAACAGGGAAAAGAUGGAAGAGAAGAGACAACACCCUGGGAGGAGGUCAACUUGGGAGGCAGAAGUCCCCGUUGUCCAAAAGUAAUGUCACCAAGUUUUAUUAGACCAGUUCAAGUAGCACCUCAACUCACCCCCUCCAGUUUUGGAGACCAAGUCAACUCUACCUGCAACCAUGAAUCCAAGUGAAAUCCCCCCAUGACCCUCAAAUUAUAACCGGCACUAUGUCUACAGGGAACCAGCAUAUGUUACAUCUCAAUACAAUUUUUGGUGUAUGAAAUUUAAACUUUCCUCCUCCAGUCUCUAUCCACAACUCAUUGUACCCAGCCAGAGACGAACUAUGAGUGUUAAUAUAAUGCUGUCCUUUGACUCCCCAUAUAAUUAUUAUUGGUUUUCAUCCUGUAUUAAUAGUUUGGUCUCUUAAUACAGAUUGGGUUUAUUGGA